AUGUCUGCCCCAGUGAACCAAGCGGCUAGACUUGAACGACAGUCCCCGGCCGUUGACUUCAUCGACAACCGCAUGCAUGCGUAUCACAGGUUCUUCUCGAACCCUCCAACUAUAUACGAUCCCGUACUCAGGGCAUACGUGCCAAUUACACUGUCCAACUCCACGAUGCAGUCUCAAGUUGCUAUAUCAUCCAAAUCAACCCUCGAUGCGAGACCGGUUCCGCCUCCGUCGGAAGCAAUGCUGUUCUGGGCUAGCAUCUUUCCACCUGCUAUGAGUGCUAUCACGACAUGGUACCCGAAGGAGCCGAAUGGUAGCCUCGAACACGGCACCAGUAUCCGAUCCUCGACGAACUGGUCCGAAGUGUACCUCACCCUCCAGUCUGCCCAGGAGAGAUUUGAGCAGCCUAAGGGGUUUCCAGGCAAGCUGAAACGGUGCUUCCGAAAAGUCGUCGAAAACACGCAGCCAGUCCAGCAGAUCAUGCCGUUUAUUCCAGACGGUGCAUACACUUCGCCGGUGCUUGGCGCGUUGGAGAUAAUUACGGUGGCAGCGAAACGCAUCAUUGAAUUACGGGAUGACGUCUCAGACAGCCUGGAAAAUCUCGAACGCCACUUCGGGGAUAUAGAGACGUACCUAGCCAUGUUUCCGAAUGAUCAAAACAUUAUCAGUGCGUCGAUCCAGAUGGUCUCAUCGACGUUGAAGGCAGUAGAAGAGGUCAUCAGCUACUUCACUAUGAACGCUGGUCUCCAGGCCAUUAGUCCCAUAAUUUUUGCUUUACAUAUAGAAACCAAACUUAUAUCUGCCUUGUUCAACGGCGAGGAAUACCAGAUCGCCUUGUCCGAGAGUACCAAGCAGAUUGGAGCUAGCAGCCAGUUCCUCCUUACACAGGCACGCAGCUCAAAUAUGUAUCAAAAUCGGCAGACACUAGAGAUUGCGCACAACAACUCUUCGACCCUAGUUCAAGUAAUGGACACGCAGCAACAACUAGCCGACGGGCAGCAGCAACUAGCCGACGGGCAGCAACAACUUGCCGAUAGGCAUCAACAGCUGGCCGAUGGGCAUCAAAAGCUGGCUGAUGGGCAGAACGAGAUGAUGUCCCUGCUCGAGCAGCUCUAUCAUGGUGUUCUUCAUGGCUUUCGGCAACAGCAGCGAGAAAUGGACCAGCUUAGGCAACAGACGCUCCAUAUGGCCGCGCACGUCAACACGUAUCAAUCCCACUUUACCGAGAGCUUCCCCAACGAGCAGCAAGCUCAGGUCACUUAUGGGGGUCUGCUCACUUUGCUCAACGUUCCCGAGAUCGAGAUAAGCAACUUCAAUCAUAUCAUUCAAUAUCAGCAUAAGAUCCCGGCCGAUGACCGAGGUCGCGCUGAGCGAGUCCUCCGAACUCCCCAGUUUGCUUCGUGGGCUUCGGCACCGCAAUCGAGCGAACUGCUCGUCCACGGAAACUUCAUCGGCACACUACAUCUCCGGCUCAUCCCUAUUCUGCUCAUCGCGUACUUCUGUGGGCGGCACAUGGACGAGGGCGAUGCAUCGACCGGCUGUCGGGGAAUGAUCCAGAGCUUGUUAUCGCAGCUUCUAAGGCAAAAUCAUUUGGGCAUGACACUCCUGGCCCGCAAUGCCAGCCUCAAUCUGGUGAGGUAUGGCGAUCUGAAGCAGCUGUGUGCCCUCUUUGGGACUUUGAUGCAUCAACUACCCCUGGGCGUCCCCCCAGUCUUCUGCAUAAUAGAUGGCAUCAAGUACUAUGAGCGAGAACAGUGGCUUGAUGACAUGGUCGAAGUGUUGAGGUACUUGCUGGACCUCAGGCUUGAUACUAGCCUGCGGUGCAUCUUCAAGAUAUUGAUCACCAGCCCUUCUGAGACAAGAAUGGUGCGGCAGGCCAUGCAAGAAAAUUGCAUCAUCUCAAUGGCGUCGGUUCCGCGAACUGGACAGGCUUACAGCCAGCGGGGCGUUGCGAGGCAGGUCAUGAAUACCCUGGGCUAG